AGACUGCGGCAGAAAGGCACCCGUGUGUGGGCUCUCGCGAUUUAUGUUUGUUGACCAGCAUGCAAGCUGCACGACUGAAUGUAUAUCCUCACAUGCGAAGAAUAGGAUAGACCCAGCCUGCUGUCACUGAGCCACUCAACUGAAUUGUAUGGCUAGUGAAUGCUAAAGCUCGCGCGUGUGUUUUCAUGUUGCUGUCUGUGUGGGUUAAUGCGAGUGAGAGUGUGUAGAUGAUGAGCCAGUUGACUGAUACAGGGAGCAGGACGUGAUGCUCGGAGUCUGGCGAUGAUGACGUAGCCAGCGACGCAGUGCGAGGCAUAUGUCGGGGAUCUUUACGGACAGGACGGGGGGUCCGCGUGACUGCGGGGAGGAGAGAGGGGACAGCAGCACGGAGCAUCGCGAAACGCCCCCGACGAAAUGGGAGAUGUCAUAUUUAUGAAUCAUGCUUUCAAACAAGAGCACCCCUUCACUGGACUCGUAGCUAACAUUUGUCGUCAUCGGUGUAGGGUGAAUUCUCGUCAAAGCUGGUUGUUUUGGAGAGUGUAAGUGAAUUAGCAUCUCUCAAUUUGACUGUCGUCUAUGUUGUGAUCUUGUCCUCAUCAUUUAGCGCUUGUCAAACGGGACCUUGGUGAUUCUACACCUUUCUCUUGGAGGACAGUGGAGCAGAGUGGAACGCUUUGCGCAGAUUUCGGUCCUGUUCGAGAGGUAGCCUAGCCUAUAUGCCAAGUGUCAGCGAGAUAACCACCGGGGAAAAACGGGAGUGCAUGAAAGGCCCUUCCAGUACUGUCUGCAGAUAGUGUAGGCAAUUGCAAGGGCUCGGCCUGCAGAAGGCUCCCGUUACCGCAAUGCCACUCAGCCUGAAAGCACGAGCGGAGAAGGGGUUGAUGGAAGACGAAGGGCCGUGGCAGGAUGUGGCGACCCACUAUUCACUGACAGAUGAAAACACAACAUUAACAGCAUAGCGCAUGUUCGUUAUGUUUUGGGUUUGAACUCAUGUGGUAGAAGUCUGCGCUGAGAAGGUGGGGGAAAGGUCUAAACUGUUGAACUCGUUGGCUACCGAUGCGCGAGGUGACUGCGUUGUCUCUUGCUGCAGCGUGUGUAAUACAUCGGUUCACUCAAACAAUAUUCUUAAGCGAUAGCCUACAUUGAUGGGGAAUGACAACCUUUCGCCAGGCCCACUGUGUAUUUCCAUGGUUUUCAGAUCAGUGCUGGAUUAUCGCACUGGACUUUGCAUAAACUUGCCUUGGAAACUCAUGAGGUUAACCCCAAGCGGCGUGUCAUCCCUCUUGUCCUCCGCAUCUCCUUACCCAACACUUGCUCUCGAACAUCCCCCGCGGUGCGCUCGGAAGACCUGACAGCCAUGCCAUCACCGUCGGAAUCCAGCAGUGUAGUGUCCGUGUCGGGAUCCCGGGCUCUGUCCGGAGGGCGACGUGGGAGCGCGCGCCUGCUGCUCUAUCUGGGACUCUGUCACCUGGGUCUGGGGGCCAUGGUCCUGGCGUUCAGCUUCACCAGCUUGGCGUUCACCUCCUCUCCGCGGGUUCGUCAGUCCUUACCCUUCUGGGCUGGCUUCUUUGUGGUGGCAUCUGGAGUGGCCGGUGUAGUUUCCUGGAGAAGGCCUCUGACAUUAGUGGUCUCGCUCUUCAUGCUCCUGUCCGCUGUAUGUGUGAUACUGAGUCUAGCGGGUUCCAUGCUCUCCUGUCAGAAUGCACAGAUGGUCAAAUCCCUGGUCAACUGUCAGAUGGAGUCCAGCCUGUGUGUUUGCUGUGAUCCUAAGGACUCGUGUUCUCCAGCAGAGGACGAGACCUUGGUUCUCUACCUGCAUGCAGACUGUCACUCUGUGCGCCACCAACUCAAGGACCUGUUGUUCAGUGCCUGUGGCCUCAGCAUUCUCUCCACCAUCAUCUGCACCCUGUCUACAGUCACCUGCAGUAUACACAUCUUCUCCCUGGACCUGCUACACCUGCUGGCUCCUCAUCGCUCGCGGUCCGUUAACCCAGAGUGCACCACUCCUCAGGAUGCCUUCCUGACCAACAUGGUGGACUUUGAGGAGUUUGUCCCACCCAUUCCCCCUCCCCCCUACUACCCACCUGAGUACACCUGCAGCUCUGAGACUGACGCCCAGAGUAUUACGUAUAAUGGGUCAAUGGAGAGUCCAGUACCUCUUUAUCCUACAGACUGCCCUCCCCCCUAUGAAGCAGUAAUGGGCCAAAGAGCAGCCAGCCAGGCAACAGUGUUUGAUCCGCAGGGCACCGAGCACUCUGGAGAGAGAGGAACAUCCACGGGCUUCAGUGGAGAAGUGUCGAUGGACAGUGGCUCUCUGCUCAUGUCGGAGAUUGUGGACAUCCCCGACGACAGCUCGCCCUCGGAGGACUCGUGCCUGCUGGAGGUGGGCGUGGGCCUGGUGCGUCGCCGGGGGGCCAGUGAGGGUGGUGGUGGCGGUGGUGAGUACGUCAGCUUCCGCUGCCUCACGCCACACACGUCCGAGGGCUCGCCUGUGGCCGCAGCAGGCCAGUCCAGGCGCUGCUUCCGCGGGGAGAGGUCCAACUCCUGCUCCUCCCCCAGCACCUACAACACCUCCACCUACAGGUCUCCUCUCUUGCGCAGGCAGGCGUUGUUGGCCUGUAGCUGUUCCCAGUUGGAGCAGCUCAGUGACGCCACGCGUGGCUCUCACUGCUCGUCCAUCCCAGAGAUCCGGCUCCUGCCCUCCACGCCAUCACGCCACGACUCGUCCCUCCACCACGGCCCUCCUGCGGCACGUCCGGCGGCCCCGGCUCAGACAGACGCCUCAGAUCACCACGGCAACCCAGCGCUGACCAUGAUACCGCUCCCGCGCCUGUGGCACACCAGUGGGCGUGGCCGGAGGGACAGUGACAGCCCCCUACAGCUGGUCAGGUCCCACAGCGAACCUGGUCUCAGCUCCUCAACUGACACAGGUGAACUGACCGGUUCUAUUGGCAGUAAAGGCGUGAGCGUCGAGUCUCAGACUUCCACAGACACAGGUCCUGGCUCUGAGGCGUGUCUGCUGCAGCGUAGCUCGGUGGCGCCCCCCCUCGCUCUCCCACAGAAGGGCAGCAUGAAAGCCGUCGCUGGGCACCCACCGUCCAAGCUGCCCCCUGGCACACCACUGCGGCUGCCCAAAGACUGUGCCCGCUCCCUCACUGACCUCAAGGUGACCCGGUGCUGGUGGCACGCUUCCUGCAUCGCUCCAGGAGGAACCUGGCUCCAGCCGCUGAGCAUUCUGGGACAUGUAGUCAGGGGCCCAAGAGGCGAGCAGGAACUGAAGGCAGUCUCGAGCAGCAUCGAGCGCCGCAGUACCAGCAGCACAACCAUCCGCCACACCAGCAGCUUACGUCCAUGCGCCACCACCACUCCACCUGCGCGACACUUAAUCACCCCUUGGCAAGGCGCAGAGGGCAUCCACUUGCAGAGCCUGCGCGACCUCAGCCCUCGCCUAAUAGGCCCCUCCAGACCCUCAACAGACCAUGGCUCCUCAGGGGGCCUGCACUCAGAAUCAGCAUUGUAG